AUGUCGAGGCCCCAGGGACUGCUAUGGCUUCCGUUGGUCUUCACCCCAGUCUGUGUCAUGUUGAACUCCAACAUCCUCUUGUGGAUAACCGCGCUGGCCAUCAAGUUCACCCUCAUUGACGGCCAACCCCAGUACCCGGUGGUAAACACAAAUUAUGGCAAAAUCCGCGGCCUAAGAACACCAUUGCCCAAUGAGAUUUUGGGUCCAGUGGAACAAUACUUGGGGGUUCCCUAUGCCUCUCCUCCUACCGGAGAGAGGCGGUUUCAGCCCCCAGAGCCCCCUUCCUCAUGGACUGGCGUUCGGAACGCCACCCAAUUUGCUGCUGUGUGUCCCCAGCACCUGGAUGAGAGGUCUUUGCUUCAUGACAUGCUGCCCAUCUGGUUUACCGCCAACUUGGAUACCUUGAUGACAUAUGUUCAAGAUCAGAAUGAAGACUGCCUUUACUUGAACAUCUACGUGCCCACGGAGGAUGGAGCCAACACAAAGAAAAACGCAGAUGAUAUUACCAGUAAUGACCGUGGGGAAGAUGAAGACAUCCAUGAUCAGAACAGUAAGAAGCCAGUUAUGGUAUAUAUUCAUGGAGGAUCCUACAUGGAGGGAACGGGCAACAUGAUAGACGGAAGUAUUUUGGCAAGCUACGGAAAUGUCAUAGUGAUCACCAUUAACUACAGGCUGGGUAUUUUAGGAUUUUUAAGCACCGGUGACCAGGCGGCGAAAGGCAACUAUGGGUUGCUAGAUCAGAUCCAAGCCUUGCGGUGGAUCGAGGAGAACGUCGGGGCCUUUGGCGGGGACCCCAAGCGAGUGACCAUCUUCGGCUCGGGAGCUGGAGCAUCCUGUGUCAGCCUGUUGACCUUGUCACACUAUUCAGAAGGUCUGUUCCAAAAGGCCAUCAUCCAAAGCGGCACCGCCCUGUCCAGCUGGGCCGUCAACUACCAGCCUGCCAAGUACACUCGGAUAUUGGCAGAUAAAGUGGGCUGCAACAUGCUGGACACCACGGACAUGGUGGAAUGUCUUCGGAAUAAGAACUACAAAGAGCUCAUUCAGCAGGCCAUCACCCCGGCCACGUACCACAUCGCCUUCGGGCCCGUCAUUGACGGCGAUGUCAUCCCGGACGACCCCCAGAUUCUCAUGGAGCAAGGGGAGUUCCUCAACUAUGACAUCAUGCUCGGCGUGAACCAAGGCGAGGGCCUGAAGUUCGUGGACGGCAUCGUGGACAAUGAAGAUGGAGUCACCCCCAACGACUUUGACUUCUCCGUGUCCAACUUCGUGGACAACCUUUAUGGCUACCCGGAGGGGAAAGACACCCUGCGUGAAACCAUCAAGUUCAUGUACACGGACUGGGCAGACAAGGAGAACCCCGAAACACGUCGCAAAACCUUGGUGGCUCUCUUCACUGACCACCAGUGGGUGGCCCCGGCCGUGGCCACCGCUGACCUCCACGCCCAGUACGGCUCGCCAACCUAUUUCUACGCUUUUUACCAUCACUGUCAGAGCGAGAUGAAGCCCAGCUGGGCCGACUCGGCCCACGGUGACGAAGUCCCCUACGUCUUUGGGAUCCCCAUGAUUGGUCCCACUGAGCUCUUCAGCUGUAACUUCUCCAAGAAUGACGUGAUGCUCAGCGCGGUGGUGAUGACCUACUGGACAAACUUCGCCAAAACGGGUGAUCCUAAUCAACCAGUUCCACAGGAUACUAAGUUCAUUCACACAAAACCCAACCGCUUUGAGGAAGUGGCCUGGUCCAAGUACAACCCCAAAGACCAGCUGUAUCUGCAUAUCGGCUUGAAACCCAGAGUGAGGGAUCACUACCGAGCAACAAAAGUGGCUUUCUGGUUGGAACUUGUGCCUCAUCUGCACAACUUGAACGAGAUAUUUCAGUACGUUUCAACCACUACCAAGGUUCCCCCACCCGACAUGACGUCCUUCCCCUAUGGAACCAGGCGAUCUCCUGCAAAGAUAUGGCCUACAACCAAACGCCCUGCAAUAACACCUGCCAACAACCCCAAACACUCCAAGGACCCACAUAAAACAGGGCCUGAAGAUACGACUGUCCUCAUUGAAACCAAGCGGGAUUACUCCACCGAACUGAGUGUCACCAUCGCCGUGGGGGCAUCCUUACUGUUCCUCAACAUCUUGGCGUUUGCCGCGCUGUACUACAAAAAGGACAAGAGACGUCAUGAAACACAUAGACGCCCCAGCCCCCAGAGAAACACCACGAACGAUAUCGCUCACAUUCAGAAUGAGGAGAUCAUGUCACUCCAGAUGAAACAAUUGGAACAUGACCAUGAGUGCGAGUCACUGCAGGCUCAUGACACCCUGAGGCUUACCUGCCCUCCAGACUACACCCUUACGCUGCGCCGGUCUCCAGAUGAUAUCCCACUUAUGACACCUAACACCAUCACCAUGAUUCCAAACACACUGUCGGGAAUGCAGCCCUUGCACACAUUCAACACCUUCAGUGGAGGACAGAACAGUACAAAUUUACCCCACGGGCAUUCAACCACCAGAGUAUAGCUUUGCAGUUCCCUCCCCCUCCCUCCGCACUUCCCUCUCUGCAGCCUAGAAGACAUAGAGGAAGAGAGAAGGAAUGUCUCCAACCAUGGAAUGUUUUUCAUCACAUUGACUUAGACAAACACGAGGAAGGGCAGUCUUUGUGUCCCUGCUCACCCUUUCCCUGGGAAUUUCCAAGUAUUCCAAGAUCAACUUCCAACCCUGUGAAAUGUGAAAAGUAUACAUCGCUGUUUCGACACUGCUUUAAGAUCUCCACCACCCCAGCGGAUGUUUAGUGUGACCAGAACAUCACCACGGCCAGGACCUGGAUGUGUCCAGCGUAACGGUAUCAGCAGACAUUUCUGGAACUUACCCAGGGACACUUAAAAAAAAUUUUUUUUCUUUUUAAAUCA